UUUGUAUAAACUUUCUGCACGUCUGAUCAAAGUUCUGAAUCUGUUCUCAGCAGGGUGGUCGUGCAGGUGUAGUGAUCACACAUUAUUUCUAUCAGUAAAACAUUUAUUUCUGAAUCAACAUGUCAGGAAAGGUCGUGCUGUAUUACUUCGACGGACGAGGGAAAAUGGAGUCCAUAAGGUGGCUGUUGGCUGUUGCUGGUGUUGAGUUCGAAGAGGUGUUUCUGACCACAAGGGCCCAAUAUGAAAAACUGGUGAAUGAUGGAGCUCUACUGUUUCAUCAGGUUCCACUGGUUGAAAUGGAUGGAAUGAAGCUGGUACAGUCAAAGGCCAUCAUGAAUUACAUAGCAGGGAAAUAUAACCUCUAUGGAAAGGACCUUAAAGAGAGAGUUAUGAUUGAUAUGUAUGCCGAGGCUGCUCGAGACAUCAUGGACAUGAUCAUGAUGCUGCUCUUUACACAACCAGAGAAUAAAAAGAGUGAACUGGAAAAAGUGCAGGUCAAAGCCAAAGUCCGCACUCUUCCGGCUUUUGAAAAGGCUCUCGGUGCUUCUCAGUUCCUCGUGGGUAACCAGCUGAGCUGUGCUGAUGUCAACUUCUUUGAAGCCUCUCUGAUGUUGGAAGAGGAGUUCCCCACAAUACUGUCAUCCUUCCCCAACAUCCAGGCAUUCCAAAAGAGAAUGAAAGCCAUUCCAGCAAUCAACAAAUUUCUACAGCCUGGCAGCCAGAGAAAGCCUCCCCUUGAUGAAGUCAUUAUAAAAACUGCGAAGGAAGUAUUGAGCCAUUUGUUCAAGUAGGAACCGUGGAGCACAGUCACAAAUCAGUAAAGUAUGUAGAUGCCUAGUUGUGCCUUAUGUCAAAGCAGGAUUAAAUACGGCUACAGAAAUUAUCAUAUAGUAAUAAUUCUUUUCUUUGCAAGAAGCACUGAAGGAGUCUUUUAAUGCAUCUGUUUAUAUGUUCAGCUACAGGCAGUUCUGAGUUUCAACUGCAAGUGUCAGUCAUACAGAAGCCCUGGUGACCUAUAGUGCUUUGAACAUUAUUAUUGCAUUGACACAAACUAAUAAUACACAUAUACUGUGAGUACAAAUGAGUUCAAUUCCAGAUGAGCUACUGAAUGACUUCAUGUACACUGUCAACCUAGUGAGCCAGGUACAGGAAUAUCUUUACAAUAGCUGUGUGUAAUCAUUACACUGCAUAAUGUAGACAAAUAGGUAGGCAAGGCAGCCAGUAGGGAAUGAGUGACUGUGGAAUUACAUUGACUGCAUGCUUUGAUAUGUACCACCGCUGUCUGUAUUGUCUUUGCAUGUCCAGCAGUAAAUGUAUUUCUAGAAA